AAAAAAAAAACUAGGAAAGUAUAGGCACAAAGAGGCAGUCAAGCAACCCAAAAUUUACAUAUGCAUACCUUUUCUAAGACAAAGUUACAUUAAAUCAUUACUAUGCAUUGUGAUCGUGUCCUUCUAUUUACUUCUUCAUAACUAUUGAUUACUUCUAAUUGUUGUUAUUAUUAGCUCAAGUUCCGCAGGGAGUUGUAUGAGGGUUAUGUUCCGAUGGUCUAUGAUGAAUACUUGAAGAAAAUGAGCAAGGCUGGCGAAUGGGGUGAUCAUAUAACUUUGCAGGCUGCUGCAGAUUCAUAUGGUGUUAAGAUAUUUGUCAUUACUUCAUUUAAGGACACCUGCUACAUUGAGAUUCUUCCACAAAUUCAAAAGUCAAAGAGAAUCAUUUUUUUGAGCUUUUGGGCUGAAGUGCACUACAAUUCAAUCUAUCCGCAAGGAGAGUUUCCUGCUGGAGAGACCCGAAAAAGAAAAAAAUGGUGGUGGCUAGGCUGAGACUUGAGAAUAGCAUUCGCCAGCUUCUUUUGGAUGAUUAGAACUUAGAAGAGUUCUUUUCUGGAACAGAGCACCUUAUCACGAGGAUUAGGGGCACUGUGACAACACCUUCGGAUUGUAUAUAAUUUUUUUAAUUCUUUCCCUUAGGUAGACAACAAUUUUGCCAUUUCACGGCCUUCAUUCUUUGUGUAUAUAUUAUUUCUUAUUUUCAGUUAGCUCUAUCUAUUAUUGAUUUAUAUAUA